AUGUCUUUGGUUAAAUUGGCUAAUACUUUUGCUCAUUUGCAGAACUGUACCAGAGUGAGAGUUUCUCUGACUUCGAUUCCAUAUACUAGAUUGCAUUUACAGGUCGCAUAUAACUUAUACAAGAAUGGGUUUAUUUCAUCUUUGCAAAAAGGUUCUACAAAAGGUCCAGAUUCGGUGCCAACUGAGACUACUCCAGAUAAUAUAGCCACCAGAAGACUGUGGGUGGGCUUAAAGUACAGAGAGAACAAACCGGUGAUGAGUUCUUGUAAGUUGAUUUCGAAACCAAGUUUGAAAAUUUAUUUAUCUCAUAACGACUUGAAGAAAUUGUGUACUGGCACAUCAGUAAGAUUGAUCAAACCUUUGCAGCCUGGUGAGCUGAUAUUGGUGAGGACCGAUGAUGCAGUCGUUGAAAUCAACGAAGCUGUCGCCAAGAGAAUGAACGGUGAAAUAUUGUGCAGAAUCAAUUAA